AUAUAUAUCCAAUAAUGUUAUGACUUUAUAACACAGAUCAGUCUAGUAGUGCUCAGUUUUAAAAGUGACGUGAGCAGAAUUCCAACAGGAAGUAAAAUUGGGAUAACUCUAGUGAACAGGAUAUAUAACUUUUUAAAAAAUUGAAAAACAUAAACAUUUCCCUUGUUAAGAGCAAGAGUGAUCCAAGCUGAAGAGCAUUUGAUUAUUUGUAAAUUUUAUUGACAUUGACGAUGUCCAAAACUUUUUUCAUUCUUUCUUUACAAAACAGAUCUUGAACAACCAACUGAAAGACAGUUUGCAGUAGAUAAGGUAGCACUACUGAUGGGAAACAUGAGCUACUAUAACCAUCCCAGGCUCAAGGCUCCGUUAGUGGAUGUUUAUGAGCUGACCAACUUGCUGAGGCAGAUGGACUUUAAAGUGGUCUCCUUGCUGGAUCUGACCGAGCCUGAGAUGCGGAAUGCAGUGGAUGAAUUCUUGCUGCUCCUGGACAAAGGUGUCUACGGUCUGUUAUAUUAUGCUGGGCAUGGCUAUGAAAAUUAUGGUAAUAGUUUUAUGGUUCCUAUUGAUGCUCCAAAUCCUUAUCGAGCUGCAAACUGUCUGUGUGUACAAAACAUCCUCAAACUGAUGCAAGAAAAGGAUACUGGCCUCAAUGUCUUUUUACUGGAUAUGUGCAGAAAACGGAAUGAAUAUGACAAUACCGUUCUCAUCUUGGAUGCUCUGAAGGUUACAGCUAACAUAGUUUUUGGAUAUGCCAC